GUUGUCUGUCAUGUUUGCGUCAGAAAAGACAUGAAAAUUUCCUCCCCACAGCUGAUUCUGCCAGAGUACACAAAGGUUUUUUGUUUUUCGCGUUUUUCGUCGUAGAAGAAAAUUCGUUUUCCGUAGAAUUUACGUUUUCCCGAACGACGACGAAAUAGCGUGUAAGUGAUUGGUCGCGGACACCGGAAGCGUUCGUAUCAGCAGUGUUUUACGCAACUCGCAAAAUCGUUUGCGAAAUGUUCAACUUUGACGGUGACUUUCGUCGACGGCCGCAGCAGAAUCUUGGGGGUGCUUCGCAAAAGUCCGACCGUCUGACCAUCAUCCGGAAGGCGCAGCAGGAACGGCAGAAGCGAGAGGAUGCCCGGAGGCAGCAGAACGGUGCCACCGUGAUACAGAGCUCGGUGCGCAGCUUCCUGCAGCGACAGAACGUGAAACGACGGGAACGGGAUCGGUUCGACGAGUAUCGGAGGACCUGCGGGAUUCGGAAUCUGGUGGAUUUGGAGUAUCUGGUCAAACGGGUCGAGUUCUUCUACCACAUUCGGAAGGAUGGCGAACGGCUGAUUUUCCUGUGUCAGUAUAUCAUCAAAUCUCCCGCGGAAGUGUUCGGAAUGGCCGCGUCGCAGUCGAUAUGGACCCAUCGGAUCAAAAAGCUACUGGGUCUAUGUUUGCAGCAGAUAUUCAUUCCGGAACAUUCACCGACCAUCCCGAUGCGUAUGUUGGAAAUAUUCUCCUCCAACGUCUACAUUGACAAGUACAUCCCCAAGGACAAUCCCCAGGUGAGCCGAACCUAUCUGGAAAACAUCUUCUGUUACCUCAUACGACAGAAGUAUUUCAAAGUCGUCAGACAGCUGAUCGAGGAAAAGAUACCGGCGGUUGACGAAGAUACGAUCACAAUUCCGAAUCCAAUUGCCGAUGCCCUGCUCCAGAUGCUACUCCGCCCCUUGAAACUACUGCCCACCUCGAACGAAGCCUUCAACAAGAACAUCCUGCAGUCGUUUACGUUCCACAUCCUCUCGCCGGCAUUCUCCGACCAGGUCAAGCACUACAUUGUCCCUUCGUUGGCCAAGAGCGGGGACUUCCCAUACAUCUGCCUCAUCCGGUAUAUUGCCGAAGAGUAUCAGCUUCGAUUGGACUAUCAGAACACGAUUCUGAUAGACAUCGAUGACGAGAUGGAUGAUGGCGCCGCUACUGCCACCACCAAAACGAUGGCAACAACGGGUGGCGAAAGUUCGACGGUCAGCGCUUCCAAAAAGCCUCGAAGGAAUCUAGAGAAAGAAACGCUGGUGCUGUCCAGCUCGUUGCUGUACUGUGUGAUGAGGCUGGGCGAUGAAGAAUUCGAAAAACUCAACUCGGAAGAAUUGUACGGUGCCUACGUGAAAGUCAUUUCAUCCAUGGUCAGCAACAUCACCAAACUUCCCCGCCUAUCGAUGGAAAUGUACCACCACCGGCAGGACGAUUCCAGUGAUUCCGAGUCCGAAUCGGACGACAUUCCCAUGUUGACCAGUCUGGAGAACCGCACCCUGACGGAAAUCAUCGCUAUGCUGAACGACAACAGGCGGGUCACGUUUGUGGUGCGACACAUCGAUGCCGUGCUGGAGAAGUCGGACGUGGUGCAGUAUCUGUGUCUGAUCUGCCACAGUCUCAUGACAUACAAUCGGCUGGCCGUGUACGAGUACAAGCUGCUGUACAUGCUGGCAUCGAAGCCGCAGUUCGUCCGGUCGUUGUGGUACACGUUGACGGCGCAGACAGCGAGUCAGGGAUUCUCGUCGCCGAUUACGUUGCUGUCCAAGGGGUUGACGAUAUCCAAAUACGACUCGGACCGGAUAGUGCCCAUCCUGGCUUCGUUUUGUGCCCUGUUCGGCCGUCUCAUUGCCACCCUCAGCGAUACAGAGUUCUGCCAGGAGAACGUUCUACCCGGCACUGUUAGCAAAAUCAUGCCAUUCACGUUAGCAGAAAUCAUCCCACUCAGUACGACGUUGAAGGAAAUCUCCCUAGGUCUGGUAGAGCUAGCAUUCCCUGAAACGCGAUCCUCCCUCAAAGAUAGCUAUCGGACGAUGCUAACGUCGCUGAACAACGAGUCCACCUCACACUAUCGACUCAAGUGCGACACCAACGAGCAGAGCAAAAACGUUUGGCCCCACCUGCUGAAGGUAUGCGUUUCGCUCCUACGGCAGAUCCACACGCGUGACUUGCGGCGAACGUUCUGCCCCGAGGGUCACUGGACGGCUCAGAACCUCAACCUCCCGCUGGACAAACCCACCGAUUUGCAUCUGUCCCGCGGUAGACGAGGUCCCCGGCCCUUUCAACCGAUUCGGGACUUCACCCGGGAGGACGUGGAAGAUGGACCUCCACUGUCGACGAAACAGAUCCGAUCGAUCACGAUCUUGCGGGAGAUUCCCUUCGUGGUGGCGUUCAAUACUCGGGUGGGCGUAUUUCAGGGACUGGUGGCCGCGGACAAGCUGCGCACGCAGGGCGAUCUGCAAGGAUUUCUACAGGGACCGUCCAUCCAGUUGACCGUGCGAAGAUCUCAUCUCUACGAGGACGCGUUCGACAAGCUGAGUCCGCUUAACGAACCCGAUCUCCGGCCAAAGUUUCGCAUUGAAAUGGUCAACUCGGCGGGCAUGCGGGAAGCAGGUAUCGACGGAGGUGGAGUCUUCCGAGAGUUUCUGUCCGAGCUUAUCAAGACUGCUUUCGAUCCUCAUCGAGGGUUUUUCAUGAUCAGCAAAGACAACAUGCUGUACCCGAAUCCGAGCGUAGGGAAAAUUGUGGAGGACUAUCAACGACACUAUUACUUUAUUGGACGGAUCCUGGGGAAAGCGUUGUACGAAAAUCUGCUGGUAGAACUUCCGCUGGCGGAAUUCUUCCUAUCUAAGCUGGCCGGGAAGCACUCGGACGUGGAUAUUCAUCAGCUGGCGUCCCUGGAUCCGGUGUUGCAUAGAAACCUUAUGUCACUGAAGGCUUACGAGGGAGAUGUUGCGGAUCUGGGAUUAGAUUUCACGAUAGUUUGUGACGAAUUAGGAGAAACGAGGAUCGAAGAACUCAAACCGAACGGAGCCAACAUUACGGUCAGUUCGUCUAACCGGCUCGAGUACAUCCAGCUGAUGGCGGACUUCAAGUUGAACAAGCAGAUCCGUUCGCAGUGUCUUGCCUUUCGGCAAGGUCUGGCGAAUGUUCUGCCCAUCGAAUGGUUGUACAUGUUUAGCAAUAAGGAACUGCAGGUACUGAUCUCCGGCGCUGAAAUCCCCGUAGACGUGAACGACCUUCGGCAGAACACCCGCUACGGAGGCGACUUCACGCUGGAACACCAAACCAUCCAGCUGUUCUGGAAGGUGGUGGAGGAAUUCGACGACAUCCAGCGGCGGCAGUUGCUCAAGUUCGUGACCAGCUGCUCGCGGCCGCCGCUGUUAGGCUUCAAGGACUUGGAUCCGCCGUUUUGCAUACAGAACGCCGGCGAUACCGAUCGUCUUCCAUCGGCGAGCACCUGCAUGAAUCUGCUGAAGCUGCCGGCCUUCGAGAAGGAGGAUAUCCUGCGGGAGAAACUCAUCUACGCCAUCCAGAGCGGAGCUGGUUUUGAACUGAGCUAAGAGGUAACGAAACGGACGUGCGAUUGCCGCCGAUCAUUAGGAUAUCAAUUUGUAUGGAUGAGUGUCGCUGUGUGUGUAGGCGUGUCUUUUCGUUUGUCUGCGUUGGUGUAAAUUUUCAUAAGUCCCCCCUACGGUUUGGGUUCCACUUUUCCGCUUUGUCCGGUUAGGUUUGACCGUAACACUUGAAUUUUGUGAUUGAUCACAGUAAAUGGAUAGGCAAAAACUCCAUAGAUUCUAUUGAAAAUUAUAGGCAAAAUUUUUACCGAUCCCUCGGUAGAUGUGGACUACUGAUGAGUUGUUUGAUAUAUCGGUAGAUCGCGGUAUUAAUUAGAAUAAGUACAGAAAUUGAUCAUUCAUUUACUGAGAUCAAUGUAUCAGAUUCAAGUGUAUGGUUUCCGACGAUAGUAAAAGUUAUUGUGUGAAUAGUUUUCCGUAGCAAUUGUAAACGCUAUUACUUAUUUCAAACUAAGUAACUUAUUUUGCGAAAGAAAAUAUUCUAGCGCUAUGUACUAGUGGUGUCCCCAUUCUCAAUUCAAAUGACAAAAUUAUACAGACUAUGAACUUGGAAGCAAGUGAUUAAACCCGUAACUUAUGAGGA